AUGGUACCCCCAAUCCUUACCCCAACCUCCUCCGAGCCCAGAAAUCAAGUCUACCUCCCCUACAAAUAUGUGAUCUUUAAAAACACUUUCCCAGACGGCGACUGGGACCAAGGAAACUGCUUCGCCUUCGACAUCCCCUCCGUACCAUUUCUAAAAUCCUCUAACGACUAUGAUAACAACAAUACGGAUGAUAACCCACCACUAGAAAGGGACACAAUAGGUUUACUCCCCGAAUUCUGUCAAGCAGCAUUAAGUGCCCUACAAAGCUACAUAUCAACCCUAAACAGCGAUACCGACGAAACACCGGAUAAGUGUAAAUGGGUUAUUCACACCGUUGAUAUCGGAAAGGAUGAACAUGGGGUUGUGAGUUGUCGAGAGUUUGGGGUGGUUUUGGAAAUGAUUGGAUGGGCAGAGUUUGUUGAGAGGGAGGAGAAAAGAGUGGUAGCAAAGACCGAGGCGGAGAAGGAUAGGGUAGUACAAUCCUCUUCGUUUGGGUCUCGCCCUGUUCCUGUUCCUGCUCUUGCUCCUGCGCCUUCUGUUUGGACGGAAAAACGGGAUGGUUUUGGUCAUACUUGGUUUAAAAAUUCUGGACAUGUAAAAGACUUUGGAUUGCCAGCCUUCCCUUGA